UUCGUACACGUCAGCCUUUAAUUUCACUGUCCUGUCAGUGAGGAGAAACUUUUCACGUGUCUUUUCUCUGCUGUGAUUGUGUCAUUGUUGCGUCUUUCUUCAUCCCACCAAGUUUUCCGUCUGAAAUCAGGACAAGAAAGUAACAGACUAGCAGACGUCAUCCAUCCGGAUUUUGGUGAACAGUACGUGUAUUUUUGUGUUUUUCCUUCCCUCCCUCCCUUUCCACGUUCUCCACUUCUCCCGAGCAGGACACAACAAGUGUUUGAUUCGCUGUCUGGCCGUGCAUAUUAAUGAGAAUGGGAUAGCGGGCAGCUUUUAAAAGAGCUGCUGCCUGCUUCUCCACAGCAAGCGAGAGAGAGAGAGAGAGCGAGAGAGAGAGAGACCUAAACGAGUGGCUGGAGAUUCAUCCAAGCGCCCAGGACGCACAGACGGAGUUGCACAAUCAGCGCUCCAAAGGAACCCCAAAAAGCUGAAAGCCUCAUUGCUCCUUCACGUCUGCCUCCCAGUAGUGGAUGUUAUCUACAUGUCGAAAGACUUUUUGUUGAUAUUUUAGUAUUUACUCCGUUUGGAAGGCUCGGGCUUUGAGGAACUUCUUAAAAAAAAUCUUUUUUGAACUUGUGAAGACAUGCGUCGGUGCACAACGGUGCUGCUUUUGUUAACGGUGGCCUUAUGCUGCCUGAGCGCAGAAGCCUACAAGUGCAGGUGCACCAGAAAAGGACCCAAGAUCCGAUAUAAGGAUGUACAGAAGCUGGAGAUCAAACCCAAACACCCAUUCUGCCAAGAGAAGAUGAUAUUUGUGACGAUGGAGAACGUGUCUCGGUUCAAAGGGCAGGAGUACUGUCUUCAUCCCAAGCUUCAGAGCACUAAGAACCUGGUCAAAUGGUUCCGCAUCUGGAAGGACAAGCACAGGGUGUAUGAAGCUUAAAACCAUCGCUCCCAACACAAGGAUCAUGUGAGACAAACAAAGGACACCAACUCCACCAGGGCUACUUUUGUGAAGUACCAGAUGUAAUCUACAUUGAAGCUGUACUUCUACUUCCUCUGCCUGAGAUCUGUCAAGUGCAUCAAGAGAUAUCUAUAAUUUGUAUAUAAGCUGGUGGGCUCACUUUAGUUGGCCAUCAAUGUAGUUACAGUCACUCAUUGCUCCAGUCUUUACAACUGUAGUUAUAUUUGUAAAAUAGUGGACAACACCAUCUGUAUCCAUACAGUUGUACAGGGUUGUUUGGUUGUUAUUCAAAGGGGCUUCUCUUUUGCUUUGGCUUUGGUGAAAAAAAUGUGUAAGAAAAAGAAAUUCUCAAGAAAGACAAAUGUUUCUUUGAAAAAUACAGUGUAUUGGUGUUUAAUUAUUGCAGUUUCCACUAUUCCCACUACUAUUCAGUAUGACGGGCACAUUUGUAUAAUCAGCGUAUAGGGUCUGGCUAUGAGGUUGUAUUUGAAAUGCCAUGGUAAAGGUUCUCAGUGGAUUAGAUUCUCUGUAUCUAUAGAGGAGAGUCAGUCAAUGUGUGAUUAUAUUUUAUACCGAAGUUAUUUUUAUUCACACAGAUUGAGGAGAGCCGACACUCUGUGUGUACAUGUGUGUGUGCGUGCGUGCAUCUUUGAGCAUUUUUGGCCAUGUCCAUGCUAAUAAAAAUGCAUCUUCAAAAGGACAACCGAAACCACUUUGCAAAAUGUUGUCAUACUUAAUCUGCAGGGUUUAGAUUCAAUACAUAUUUUUAAAACUUCAAAUAGAUUAUCUGUCCCAUUGCUACUACAGUCUGUUUAUUGGAAUUUGUUCAAAAAGCUGACUUUUAAAUAAGCUAAGAAGGCAAAACUCACUGCAGCUUAUGACAAAGGACUAUAUGUGUACAUUUACACACUAGCUGAAAGAUUUUUAAAUUGAGCUACAUAUAAUAGGUUACAAACCUUGAUAGCUUUUGGACAAUACUAGAGCUCAGUGGCACAAACUGUAUUAGACUUUGGCUACACAGAAAAUCAUUUUUUUGUAUGUCUGCUUUUUUGGUUAUGUGAUUUUUUUUAUUUUUUUUUUUUAUUAUGACUGUUAUUGAAAUUGUCAUUUAAGAUGGACUUUGUGUUAUUUUGCUGUUAGGAACACAUUGGGAAAGUGAGGCCUUGCAGGGGAUGAUUUGGCUGAAAACUCCAGCAGUCUGAGUCACAAUUACUGCCCACACAAAAGACAACACACGAUAUGGCAAAAUAUGGCAUACUAUUAUGUAUUAUUGCAAAUGAUUAUUUCACUGCCUUCUAUAGUCAUAUAUGGAUGACUCCAGUAGAUACUCUGACCAACACUUUAAUUUGAGUUAUCUUUUUGUAUGUUGUGCACAAACUAUACACAAAACACCACAUUUCCUUUACCUUCUGAAAAAUGUGCAUUACUCCUGUUUUAUAUCUAUAUCUGUAUGAAUAUAUAUAUUAAGAAGCAUUUUGUAAAUGGAAACAUAUAGCCUAUAUGUUACUGAAAAUAAAUUCAUCUUAAGAGUUUAUAGCAUCAUGUAUAUUGUAUUACUGCAUUAUAGCUGUUUUUUGCUAUUUAAAUCUUGGUUUGGUAACAGAUUCUUGGAGGGUGUGUGUUUGGAAUGGCCCACCAAGCUCACUGUUAGACCUUCCUUAGAUUGUAAAACAAUAAACACAGCAAUAAAGUGUCUAUAGAGCGGC